AUGAACAGGAUCUUUCGUGAUGCGGCUCAUGUCCUGGUAUGGCUCGGUUCGGACACAAACAACGAGGCGGUGUUCGCUUUCGAUCUCAUUCGUGAGCUUGAUGGGACCCUCGCAAAUCAUUCGGCACAUGCUACCCUUCGUGGUCCAGAUACCGUGGGGCUGGAAAAGCACAUUAGAGAUAACCACAAGGCCCUCCAAGCCUUGACCGACCGCGCGUGGUUCAAGCGCGGAUGGAUCGUGCAAGAGAUCGGAACCAGCACGCCAGCAACCAUGAUCUGGGGCGACGCCACGAUCGACUGGGACACGCUGGCGAGUGUGUGCGAGCAGCUGAAGGGAUACCACCACCUGCGCAGCGCGCUGGGGAUCUCCACGUCGGACAUCUCCUUCUUGUACCGGCGGUUCAUCGAGCCGGACGAGAACACCCACCACGCAAACCGCUUCAACUUCGUGUACGAGCUCCAGCGGGGCCGCCACCUCCGCUUCAGUGACGACAGGGACCGUGUGUUUGUGUACCUCGGCCACUUCUCCAUCCACACGCGCCAUCGCCUCGGGUGCGGCCCCCUCUCUAUCAGGGCCGACUACACGAAGACUGUCGAGCAAACGUACAUCAACGUUGCGGUGCAGGUAUUGCGGGCGAACCCAGCCUCGGCGUGUAUUGUGCUUGCAGCAGUCCAACAUCCUCGCCAUGGGCUGCCCUCCUUCGUCGGGCGAGGAGCAAAGACAGACAUGAUCCCGGAGCCUCGGCCCCAGGACAGGCAUAGUCUCUCAUCCUGGAUUCCGGACUGGAGGCACUCCGAGGGAAUCAUCCUCGCAGAGCCCGUCUGCCCGCACCUCGCGCACGGCAAAUCGACAACACGGCUCGAAAUCGUGGAGCACGACGGUCUUGUCCUUCGGGUUGACGGUGUGAAAAUCGAUUCCAUCGAGGCGUGCUCCAUGCCACUCCAAGACCGUGAUUUCUAUGGAAAGAAGACGCCCGGCAGGCCUCCCACGACGAUAGAGCGGCUCUGGCAUGAUAUCUGCCGUAAAGGAGGCUUCAGCCUAGAGGACCAUUACUUGGACGGCCAGGCGGCCUUCUUUGCGUUCAUGCAGACUCUCAGCAAUGGCUGUGUCCAAGCCGCAGGUCACGAGUGCAAACCAUACCACGAGGUUCCGGACUUUUUGUGGCUGCAGAAGGCAGCAAGGUACAUCGUGGAAACCCUUGGGGCAUCCGACGAUGUUUCAGAGGGCGUACAGAGCGUGGCAGAGGGGAAAGGGCGUGAAGGUGUCCACGAAACGUGGAGUCGAUGGGCAGCCUCGGCUGCAGAUGGCCGGAUAUUUGCGAGAACAAGAAGCGGAUACUACGUGCUUGGGCCGGCAGCUUUGGAAGUCGGGGAUGUUGUGUGUAUUCUGUUUGGCUGUAAGGUACCGUUUUGUCUGAGACCUAUGGGGGAGCGCCACUUGCUUGUAGGUGAGUGCUAUGUCCACGGGCUAAUGAAUGGAGAGGCGAUGGACAUGUUGGCUCGAGACGAACUGCACAAGAAGACCUUUGAUAUUGUCUGA